GCCGGCGAGCGGGGGGGCCCCGUCCCGGAGGCGGCGGCGGCGCCAUCUUGGCGAAGGGGGGAUCAGGAAGUGCGGACCGCGGCGGCGGCGGCGGCGGCGGCGGCGGCGGCGGAGCCCGAGCGGAGGCCGGAGGCUCCCGGCCCGCCGGCCCCGGAGCGGAGCGGAGCGGAGGAUGCAGCAGCCGCAGCCGCAGGGGCAGCAGCAGCCGGGGCCGGGGCAGCAGCUGGGGGGCCAGGGGGCGGCGCCGGGGGCCGGGGGCGGCCCGGGGGGGGGCCCGGGGCCGGGGCCCUGCCUGAGGCGGGAGCUGAAGCUGCUCGAGUCCAUCUUCCACCGCGGCCACGAGCGCUUCCGCAUUGCCAGCGCCUGCCUGGACGAGCUGAGCUGCGAGUUCCUGCUGGCCGGGGCUGGAGGGGCCGGGGCGGGGGCCGCGCCCGGACCGCAUCUGCCCCCGCGGGGGCCGGUGCCCGGGGAUCCCGUCCGCAUCCACUGCAACAUCACGGAGUCCUACCCUGCUGUGCCCCCCAUCUGGUCAGUGGAGUCCGAUGACCCGAACUUGGCCGCCGUCUUGGAGAGGCUGGUGGACAUCAAGAAAGGGAAUACUCUGCUGCUGCAGCACCUGAAGAGGAUCAUCUCCGACCUGUGUAAGCUCUACAAUCUCCCUCAGCACCCGGACGUGGAGAUGCUGGACCAGCCCCUGCCGGCGGAGCAGUGCACGCAGGAGGACUUGUCUUCUGAAGACGAAGAUGAGGAGAUGCCUGAGGACACGGAGGACCUGGAUCACUAUGAGAUGAAGGAGGAGGAGCCAGCCGAGGGCAAGAAAUCCGAAGACGACGGCAUCGGGAAGGAAAACUUGGCCAUCCUGGAGAAGAUUAAGAAGAACCAGAGGCAAGAUUACUUAAACGGCGCGGUGUCCGGCUCGGUGCAGGCCACGGACCGGCUCAUGAAGGAGCUCAGGGACAUUUACCGCUCACAGAGUUUCAAAGGCGGAAACUAUGCAGUCGAACUCGUGAAUGACAGUCUGUACGACUGGAACGUGAAACUCCUCAAAGUCGACCAGGACAGCGCUUUGCACAACGAUCUCCAGAUCCUCAAAGAGAAGGAAGGAGCGGACUUCAUUCUCCUCAACUUUUCCUUCAAAGAUAACUUCCCCUUCGACCCGCCGUUUGUCAGGGUUGUGUCUCCCGUUCUUUCCGGAGGGUACGUUCUGGGCGGAGGUGCCAUCUGCAUGGAGCUCCUCACCAAACAGGGUUGGAGCAGCGCCUACUCCAUCGAGUCCGUGAUCAUGCAGAUCUGCGCCACGCUGGUGAAGGGGAAGGCACGCGUGCAGUUCGGAGCCAACAAGUCCCAGUACAGCCUGACGAGAGCACAGCAGUCCUACAAGUCCCUGGUGCAGAUCCACGAGAAGAACGGCUGGUACACACCCCCCAAGGAAGAUGGCUAAAGCCGGAGAACGUCCCUCCCUCCUCCCCAGGCGCCACUGGACCAGUUCCCUUUGAAUGCUGUAUUCGGACCUCGCGCCGCCUCUGUGGUCCCCUCCCUCGUUUUUCCUGGCCGUGAUAGCUCUGCCCUGACGCAGGACAGCGAUGGCUAUUCUGAGCGCUAAGGAAAGCAGCAGACGCAGACCCGUUUCGAGUUCUCCGGACCGACUGACAGACCGACGACCACCGGGCUGGAACCCCUGCUCGCAGGCAUUCUUCUGAAAGAGACUUUCGAGCCUCCUUCUGUUGCUGGAAACUCAGCCGUGCUCCAGACUAGAGCCUCCUUACCUAUGCUAUGGAUUUUUAAUUUAUUUUCUCUUAUUUCAUGUACACUGCUUUUUUUGGUUACAGUGUAUGACGGAUGUGUAUGGAAAAUGUAUCUUUGGGAAAACAAUUACAGUUUGUUAAUUUGAAGAUGCUGGUCUUGACUCCUCUUUCUCUCUCUCCCACCUCCCGCCCCCUCCCCCGCUGUCUGGGCGGUGGGGGAGGGGCAGGGUCCGGCGGCUGCAGGAGAAGCUGCAGUUUGCGGCGGAGGCUUGCCCGGCUCGCCCCCAGGUUCCUCCCGGAGGCCCCCCUGGAGCGACCAGCACUUGUCCCCUCGGAACGCAGAGCCUGCCCGCCGAGCCACGACAGGGCAGGCUGCACGGACGCUUCACGCUCACGGCGACUGUUCCUACUAGUCACAGAUGUUUCCAAAUUUCUAAGCGAGUGAGGAUGGAGUCUGGAGAGGCCGCUUCCGAGAAUUGCUUCAAAAUGAACGGCGGGGUGGGGGGAUGCUCCCCGGCUCCCCGGCUCCCCCGCCUCGGACGGGCCUGCCCUGGCCCAGACUGACGGCUCGGACCUCUCCAUCAGGCUCACACAGGAAGAUGGGCAGAACUCCGAAGCAGGUUGGCUGGCCCGGAGAAUUGGGGGUUCUUUGAAGCUGCUGGCCUGAGGUGGGUCCUGCUGGGAAGGUUCGCUCCAGGGGCUCAUUCCGGGCCCCCGGGGCCUCACCCUGGCUCUGGGAACUGCUGGUCAGGGGAAGGGGGGGUGGGGAGGCUGUGCGGUGCUGUGUGGACCUGUGGGGGACACUGCCUGCCACCCAGCCCGUGAGCCUGCCCCUGGGCUGUCCGCCUGUGGGCUGGGGGCUGGGCCGAGCGAGGCCGGUGUAGGCUGGCGUGGGGGAGCCCGGGCUGAGGACCACGGGCCUGUGGGACACCAACACUGUCCUGCUUUGUCGGAGACCCUGGCCAUUCCCUUCCCACUCCUGUUCCCUUGGGGACCGUAAGUGUCGCUGCUUCGGGCGCAGGGAGAGGCUGCCAGCUCUGCCCCGUGCUGCUCCUGCUCUGCCCACACCACCUGCCACAGGUGCUAAUGCCCAUGGAGGCCGAGAUCAAGAGGGGCCCUGGGGGAAACACUCCAUAGAGCUGGAAUCUGGGUCUUGAGGCCUCUGUGGCUUUGUUCUGAACUUAAACCAGCCCUGGCUGGGAUGUAGUUGGUGUUUUUAGUAAUGUGUACUGUGAGCUGUUCUCUGUACAAUGUAUUUUGUAAUGUAUUUUCUCAUCUACCAAAGGAUGAAACAAAUAAAAUUAUUUAAAUAGU